GAGAAGAAAAUGAAGAAUCAUUUCAGCUGAAAGCGGAAAGAUUCAUCAGCGAUUUUUCAGCUGGCGAAGGCGACACGGUAAUUAGUUCAAAGAAUCAGCUGAUCACAUGGACUUUUUUCCGAGUUUCAGCACAAUCCAUUACUAAAUUCUCGUUAUUUUCCCGGAAAAUUCACCCCAAUUCUCUUUGCGGUGAAGACGAAAUUCGCGGGAAACAAACAAAAUAGCAUCCCCCAUUUUAUUACUGUUCUACUGUAGUCGCUGUACAGGCGACAGUGAAAGCAAAAGCUCGAUUAAAGUCUCCACUCGCCACUCGGUUCACAUUCGGGAUUCUUCGUUGGGAGAAAGGGAAACGAAAAUAAAAUUUUAACCCAAUUUUCUUCUUCGAUUUCUGGGUUGCUUCUGAAGAUUGAGAUUCGAGAAAGGGGGGAGGAGUUGAGAGUUGGAUGAUGGAUUUGAAGGCUCUCCGUUUCAUCACACACCAAUCGUUCUUCUCCGUCGUCCGAUCUGGGGACCUCGAGGCCAUCAAACAGGUUUUGGAUAAGCUGGCCGGAGAUGAACCGGCCGAUGGUUCCUCGGUUACCGAUCUGAUGGCGAUGCAGAACGACGCUGGGCAGACGGCACUGUACGUGGCCGCUGAGAAUAAUCUUGAGGAAGUUUUUAGCUAUUUGCUUAAAUUCUCCACUGUCCAGAUCCUGAAGAUUAGGGCAAAAUCUGACAUGCACCCUUUUCAUGUUGCUGCUAAGCGUGGCCAUCUAGGUAUUGUAAAGGAGCUUUUGGGCAUUUGGCCGGAGCUUUGUCUGUCAUGUGACUCCACAAACACAAGCCCCCUCUAUUCAGCUGCUGUACAGGACCAUUUGGAAGUAGUCAAUGCUAUCUUAGAUGCUGAUGUCAGUUCAAUGAGAAUUGUAAGAAAGAAUGGAAAGACAGCUCUGCAUAAUGUAGUGAGGUACGGCCUCCUUCGAAUUGUUAAAACACUUAUUGACCGUGAUCCUGGAAUAGUCGCGAUCAAGGACAAGAAGUCCCAGACUGCACUUCAUAUGGCUGUAAAAGGUCAGAGCACUGCAGCAGUUGAGGAACUAUUACAUGUCGAUUCGUCUAUACUGAAUGAACGAGACAAGAUGGGAAAUACCGCUUUGCAUAUAGCAACUAGAAAGUGUCGUGCAGAGAUUGUAGGCCUUCUACUAAGCUUUACAUCACUCGACGUCAAUGCAAUCAAUAGUCAACGUGAAACCGCCAUGGACUUGGCUGAUAAAUUGCAAUACAGCGAAUCUUCACUGGAGAUUAAGGAAGCAUUGGCUGAAGCUGGUGCUAAAUAUGCAAGGCAUGUUGGCCGAGUUGAUGAAGCAAUGGAGCUCAAACGCACGGUCAGUGAUAUAAAACACGAAGUUCACUCGCAACUUAUCCAAAACGAGAAAACACGUCGGAGAGUUUCUGGCAUCGUCAAAGAACUGAAGAAGCUCCACAGAGAGGCUGUUCAGAAUACCACAAAUUCCAUCACAGUUGUUGCCGUUCUUUUUGCAUCCAUUGCAUUCCUGGCAAUCUUCAAUUUGCCUGGUCAAUAUCUACAAGAAGGAAAAAACGCUGGGCAGGCAAACAUAGCUCAUUAUCAUAGUAUGGGUUUCCAAGUAUUCUGCCUUCUAAACACUACAUCUCUAUUCAUAUCUUUAGCUGUCGUGGUGGUUCAAAUUACUUUGGUAGCGUGGGACACAACCGCUCAGAAGCAGGUUGUCUCUGUCGUAAACAAGCUAAUGUGGGCUGCAUGUGCUUGCACCUCUGGAGCUUUCAUAGCAAUAGCUUAUGUUGUUGUAGGGCACGAAACAUGGAUGGCGCUCGCUAUCACCCUUGUUGGAGUCCCGAUCCUUGUAGCAACUCUUGCUUGCAUGUGCUACUUGGUUUUUCGACAACAUUUUGGAAUCUUUCGCAGCGACUCUCAACGACGAAUCAGACGGGCAAGUGGGAGCAAGUCUUUCUCAUGGCCUCACUCAGUUAACAUAUCUGAUGAUGAUGACUACAACUCCGACCUUGAGAAGAUCUACGCCUUAUAGAUAUAAUCCUUUCAGCAGUUUGGAGCCUGAAAGGAUGGUUUUCCUGCACAUAGGUAUAUAUUGUAAUGUAGAGUUGGGAGUACCUCUUCAGGUUCGUUAGGACUCGAUGCGGAUGCAAGUACAUAUGUUCGUGUAAAAACGGUUUACAUAAUGGUUUAUAAGCAACCGAGCUUCGUAUUUUCCAGGGUUUUGAGGUGGAAUAGUGAAUCUGAUUGUAUAUCCUGUAUAUUCCUUAGGAAAGCUUCAGAAGUUUGAACACUUCUUUGGGUGAAGUCUCUUUUCUGUGUA